CCUGAAUCCGGAAGUCACACACAGGUAGAUGACAUGUUCCGUGUGUUUGUGAAGACUCACCUUGUUUUGUUCUGCUCGUUGCAUAUCUUUCAACAAAAUCGCUCCUGAAGUGGACUUUUGGUUAUUCGUAUUUGCGUCGAUUGUCUUUAAUCAUUGCGUUUUCGUUUAUUUAAGACUUUAUUUGUUUGGGGCUAUAUAGGUUACUCGCCUCACCUGUCGUCGACAACGAACAGCAAGACAGGUUUGAGGACUGGUUUUUAACUCAACCUGAAUUGUUUCCGAGAGGAGUGCAGUCCCAUGCGUGAUUGAGGAACAGGGGGACGAAAGAGAAACAGGACCCACUAAUCGGCAUUUCUCCUUACAGUCAUGGACCCAAUGGAUGCAGGAAUGCGUUACACCCCAAAGUCUUCGGACAAGGACUGGGAUCAAGCAGUAACAUUUCUGCCAGCAACAGAUUCCAAAAAGCUGGAGAAGAAGAAGCGUCCAGGGAAGAUUGGUGCCAUUAUUGGCAUAGUCGUCUUUGCAGCUGUUGUGGCUUUGAUGACCGGACUUCUUGUGUGGCAUUUCCACUUUCGGAAGGACACCAAGGUGAAAAAGAUGUAUGCUGGCUCUAUGAACAUCACAAAUCAACUCUUUCUGGAUGCUUAUGAGAACCCCAAUAGUACAGAGUUUCAGGCCCUGGCCAACCAAGUAUGCACCCAGUUAAAAGAACUCUACUCCAGGAUUCCCCAGCUGUCAAAAUAUUAUGCUGGCUGUACCGUGCAAGCUUUCAGUGAAGGCAGUGUAAUAGCAUAUUAUCUAUCAGAGUUCCAUGUUCCAGUGUCACAGGAGGCUGCUGUGGAUAACAUCAUGACUACCAUGGAUGAAACAAUGAAGAAGCAGCGACGUCUAAACGACCAAACAGAAAAACUAAUGUUCACCAGAAUAGAUACUUCUGCUUUAGAUUCACAGAUAUUUACAAAGCGUAUGUAUACAUAUGCUCUGCACACAAGGCCUAAGGAAGUCAUUGAUAUCAUGUCACCUGGGUUUCCUAACUACCCAUAUCCAGAAAAUAUGUUUUCACAGUGGCAAUUACGAGCUGACCCUGGCAAUGUCAUCAAGCUGGACUUCACUACUUUCAAUGUGGAGGAAGACUGCAACAAUGACUUUAUAAAAGUGUAUGACUCACUGUUGGCAAUUGAGGGGCGACUCAUGGCUAAGAAAUGUGGAUACUAUUCUCCCAAUAACCCACUCGGAUUUGUCUCCUCUGGAAAUGUGAUGCUGGUGACUCUGGUAACCAAUGAACUAGGGGACUUUCCUGGUUUCAGAGCACAAGUGUCUCAGGUGCCUAUGGACAGAGCUAGAGCAGCGUCAUGUGGUGGAACUCUUACAGCACUGUCUGGAACCUUUACAUCACCAAAUUAUCCAAAAUAUUAUCCACCCCACAUGAGGUGUGAAUGGAACAUCCAGGUGCCAUCUACAAUGAAUGUGAAGCUGACCUUCUCUAAAUUCAUGAUGUCCGUCGGGGGAUCCUGUUUGAAUGAUUAUGUUCAGGUCAAUGAUGAGAAGCUUUGUGGUUCACUACCUUCUACCACCAUGCGGGCCAGCACCACAAACAAAAUGACUGUCAUUUUCAGCUCUGAUGCAUCAUAUGUGGAUCGAGGCUUUAAUGCAACCUACCAAGCUUUCGAGCCCAGUAACCCAUGUCCUGAUAAGUUCCUGUGCAACAAUAAACGCUGCGUCAGUUCUGCCCUGGUCUGUGAUGGCUGGAAUGACUGUGGGGACUCUAGUGAUGAGAAGAAUUGCCAAUGCAAGUCUGACAUGAUCAGCUGUAAGAACGGUCUUUGUAAACCAAUGUUCUGGAAAUGUGAUGGCGUUGAUGAUUGCGGAGACAAAACUGAUGAAAUGAAUUGUGGGGCUGCCUGUAAGGAAGGAGAGUUUACAUGUGGAAAUGGUGUCUGUAUCUCAAUUAAACAAAGGUGCGAUGGGAGAAACGACUGUAAUGAUAAUUCAGAUGAAACAGACUGUGGAAGAAGCACUGUAUGUCUGGAAACUAAUUUCCAGUGCAAGAAUGGCCAGUGCGUCAUUAAGCAGAACCCAGAGUGUGAUGGAGUGCAGGAUUGUACUGAUGGGUCUGAUGAAAACGACUGUGGUGUAUGUGGAAUGCGUCCUUAUAAGUCCUCACGUAUUGUGGGGGGGCAGGAUGCAACGGAGGGGGAGUGGCCUUGGCAGGUCAGCCUUCAUAUGAAAAAGUCUCAGCAUGUGUGUGGAGCAUCAAUCAUCAGUGAGCGCUGGCUAGUCACUGCUGCCCACUGCGUACAAGACGAACCAAAAAUAAGGCUCUCUCAGCCAGAAUCAUGGGAGGUGUAUCUGGGCCUUCAUACGCAAAAGCAGUUGGAUAAAGCAGAAAAGCGUUAUCUAAAGAGGAUCAUUGCUCACCCCAAUUACAAUGAAUACACCUUUGACUAUGACAUAGCACUCAUGGAACUAGACCAACCUGUCACUUUCAGGGACACCAUCCGGCCCAUCUGUUUGCCAUCCUCCUCUUACAUCUUCCCUGUGGGCAAGUCGGUGUGGAUCACUGGCUGGGGGGCCACCAAAGAAGGAGGUUCUGGUGCAACAGUGCUGCAGAAAGCAGAGGUUCGCAUCAUUAACAGUACAGUUUGUGAUACACUGAUGAAUGGGCAGAUCACUUCACGCAUGACGUGUGCUGGAGUUCUAGCAGGAGGGGUGGACGCCUGUCAGGGAGACUCAGGCGGUCCUAUGUCUAGCAUUAAUGAAGCUGGACGAGUGUUUCUUGCAGGUGUGGUGAGCUGGGGUGAUGGAUGUGCCCGUAGAAACAAACCUGGAAUUUACAGCACUGUCCCAAAAUUCCGUACCUGGAUUAAAGAACAAACAGGAGUAUAAUUGCCGGGGAAAAAAAUUGUGGCUAUUUUAGGAAACAGAGUUACCAGGACUUUAGUGAAGCACAUUGAUCAGAAAAUCUUAUUUAUUUUGUUUGUGCUUGAGAGGACAAAUGGAAAAAGUACUAAGAUGUUUAGACAUCUUUGAUAUUGAGGCUGUCUCUGAAAUUAGGUCAGUGUGAUGAGCCCAUAGCAGAAGAGCCUUGAAGAGCCUCAUCAGCCUGUGUCCACAAAAUAGUGUCUUUUAAUCAUCCCUGCCCCCAAAAUACAUAUAAAAAAUUCUCUUGAUUAAAAUGUUAUAGAGUGUAUUCUACAGUUUCACAUUUGUGUGUGUAUAUAUUAUAUAAUAAUGUGAAGUACCAGGCUAUGUUUUAUUGUAAAUAGAUUUCGAAUGACUUCUUUUAAAUGUGUUUCUUAAUAACAAAUUUGUUUUAAUACUAUUUGUUGCGUGUUUUGUAGAUAUUAACUGUUUAUAGGUAGGAUUAUAUAGUAUAUCUUUUCACUUCUAAAACUCUGGGAUUCCUAAAUACACAAAAUACAGACUAAAAUGUGAAUAAUGAUUUUUUUUUCAAUCCUGUUUUUAUUAUAAAUGACUUGUAACCAGAGCAUAUUGACCUAAUAUUUUUUUAAAAAGGUCAACUAAUGUGCCAUUUCUGGGUGAUUUUGUGAUUUUUAACACAUUUUCCAAUUUUUGUGUUUUAAUAUUGUUUUUUCUUUCACUUGUCAUGAAUUUCUACAGGUUAUAAAUGCUAAAUUCUAAAUAAAAUUCUAAAUGCUAAAAGUAAUGUUUUUCUUAAAAUGUACUCGCUGUGCACGAGACAAGUGUUUUGAAACCAUUUACCUUAAUAAAUAAAGCAUUGUACCUUU